AUGAGCAGCAACGACGUUGUAGAGCUGGAGAGUAUGACAGCCCCCCUGGCUGAGGGUUACAGCAACACCGGCUUCCAGAAUGAAGAUGACUUUGACGAAAGCCAGAACACAUCUGGAAACAACUCACUAAGGUGUAGAGUUGUGCAGAACAGAGAACACAAAGCCGCCAAGCAGGACGAAGAGCAAGUCACCAUUGAGCAGGAUUCUUUAAGAAACAAAGAAGAUGAGGAGGAUGAUCCAGAGACACAUCAAAAAGGGUAUCUGGAAAGGAAGUAUGAUACAGUUUGUGAUUUUUAUAAGAAACACAAAACCACCCUUUGGUACAUCAUCUGGGGCAUCUUACUACUAGGUUACCUGGCGAUGGUGAUUGCAGCUUGUGUGCUAAACUUUCAGAGAGCCCUUCCCCUUUUUGUGAUCACCGUGGCCGCCAUCUUCUUUGUGGUCUGGGAUUACUUUAUGGCCAAAUAUGAGCAUCGAAUCGAUGAGUGCCUGUCUCCUGUCAAAAGGCUCCUAAACAGCCAUUGGUUCUGGAUGAAGUGGGUGAUUUGGAGCUUACUGAUCCUGGGAGUUAUUUUGUGGCUGAUCUUUGACACUGCCAAAUUGGGUCAACAGCAGCUGAUUUCCUUCGGUGGGCUCGUAAUGUACAUUAUCCUGAUAUUUCUAUUUUCCAAGUAUCCAACCAAAGUUUACUGGAGGCCUGUCUUCUGGGGAAUUGGGUUACAGUUUCUUCUCGGUCUCUUAAUCCUAAGGACUGACCCUGGAUUUAUGGCUUUCAAUUGGUUGGGCCAACAAGUUCAGACCUUCUUGGAAUACACUAACGCUGGUGCUGAAUUUGUCUUUGGUGAGACAUACGCAGACCACUUCUUUGCAUUUAAGGUCCUGCCAAUUGUGAUUUUCUUCAGCACCGUAAUGUCCAUGCUCUACUACCUUGGAUUGAUGCAGUGGAUCAUUAGAAAGGUUGGAUGGGUAAUGCUCGUUACUAUGGGAUCAUCUCCUAUUGAAUCCGUAGUUGCUGCUGGCAAUAUAUUUGUUGGACAGACAGAGUCUCCACUGCUAGUCCGACCAUACUUACCACACAUCACCAAGUCUGAACUCCACGCAGUCAUGACCGCUGGGUUCUCGACCAUUGCUGGAAGCGUGUUAGGUGCAUACAUUUCUUUUGGGGUUCCACCCUCCCACCUGUUAACCGCCUCAGUCAUGUCUGCACCUGCGUCAUUGGCCGUGGCUAAACUCUUUUGGCCUGAGACAGAAACACCUAAAAUAACCCUCAAAAAUGCCAUGAAAAUGGAAAGUGGUGAUUCAAGGAACUUCCUAGAAGCCGCAACACAGGGAGCAUCCUCAUCCAUCUCCCUGGUGGCAAACAUAGCUGUGAAUCUGAUUGCCUUCCUGUCCCUGUUGUCUUUUGUGAAUGCAGCCCUGUCCUGGUUUGGAAACAUGUUUGACUACCCACAGCUGAGUUUUGAGGUAAUAUGCUCCUACAUCUUCAUGCCCUUUUCCUUCAUGAUGGGAGUAGACUGGCAAGACAGCUUUAUGGUUGCCAAACUCAUAGGCUAUAAGACAUUUUUCAAUGAAUUUGUGGCUUAUGAACACCUCUCAAAAUUGAUCAGUUUAAGGAAGGAGGCUGGACCCAAAUUUGUGGAUGGUGUGCAGCAAUAUAUGUCGGCUCGUUCUGAGACUAUUGCCACCUAUGCUCUCUGUGGCUUUGCUAAUUUCGGUUCCCUAGGAAUAGUGAUCGGUGGACUCACAUCCAUGGCUCCUUCCAGAAAGCACGAUAUCGCCUCAGGGGCAAUGAGAGCACUGAUCGCGGGGACUGUCGCCUGCUUCAUGACAGCCUGCAUUGCAGGGAUACUCUCCAGCACCCCCGUAGACAUCAACUGCCAUCACGUUUUAGAGAAUGCCUUCAACUCCAGUCCACCUGCAAACACAACCAAUGUGGUAUCUUGUUGUCAAACUCUAUUGAACAGCACUAUUGUCAACGGCCCUGGUGAGGUCAUCCCAGGAGGGAACCACAGCUUGCCUUCUUUAAAGGGCUGCUGCAUGUUAUUGUUGCCACCAAUGCUGAACUGCAGCUGGAUCUCUAAGGCAUUUUGA